GGCAGCAUGGCGGCGGCCGCCGCGGACUCGUUUCCCGGCGGCGGCGGCCCGGCGGCCGUGAAGCUGCCGCCGUCGCCGCCGCUCAAGGUGCUGGCGGAGCAGCUGCGGCGCGACGCGGAGGGCGGCCCGGGCGCGUGGCGGCUGUCGCGGGCGGCGGCGGGCCGCGGGCCGCUGGAGCUGGCGGCCGUGUGGAUGCAGGGCGCGGUGGUGGCGGCGGGCGGCGGCGAGGCGCGGCUGCGGGACCCGAGCGGGGCCUUCUCGGUGCGCGGCCUGGAGAGGGUGCCGCGCGGGCGGCCCUGCCUCGCCCCAGGAAAGUACGUGAUGGUGAUGGGAUUGGUCCUGGCCUGCUGCCCCGAGCCGUGCCUUCAGGCCGUGAAGAUGACAGACCUUUCCGAUAAUCCCAUCCAUGAGAAGAUGUGGGAACUGGAAGUGGAAGAUUUACACAGGAAUAUUCCUUAGAUGACGUUUGGGACCUUCACAAAAACACCCGGAAUUCUGCAACGACUUAGGGUCUUAAACCACGUGGAUUUCACGGACAUCCCCCAUUGUCUCUUUCUCCAGAGUUUCUCGGAGCGCUUUCCUUGGCUGAUCAAGAAGACCGGAUGGAGGGUCUCAAAAUGCUGGGACACUCCAGUGAACUCAGCCCCUGCUGCCCCUCGCUCUGACGACUGCUGAUGAGAAGCAGAUGUUGUGUUCUUGCUCUCUCUCUCUCUUUUUGGUUUAUGCGUGUUAAUUCUCUCUAAAGCACACAGAAAUCCCGCGCUGCGUUUUCCAAGUUUUACAUUUUCCAUUCCCGCUGCGACCCCAUUUUAAACAAUGCAAAAUGUAAACCUCAGCCAUUGCCCGCCGUGAUGAAAGUGUGGUUACGGGCAGGAAGGCAGACUGUGAAAAAGGAACAAUGGCUCCCCGUCUUCUCCAAGUCAAGAACUUCCACAUCCAGCUUGGAAGUCAGACUGCGCAGGCUCUCAAGACACCGGCGGUUUCUGCUUCAGACACCGCUCAGCCGCUUAAGGCCGGUUUCCCCUAGAUGCGACGAUGAUGCCCGCCACUCGUCCUUCUCUUGGAGAUGUUGAAACACUUUCCAGAUCUCUUGCUGAAACUGAAAUCAAGAUUGAGAACGCCUUUCAGGCAUUAACUAAACUUCUGCCUCGUAACUUUUGAGACAUUGCAAGGGAGCAACCUCCUGGUUCAGAGGUCUUACGUUUUGGGGACAAUGACUUUGUCGUGAUUGUGUUGGGUGUGGCUUUCUGCUCUCUGCGUCUCAGCCAGCCCUCCUUUUUCCUUAGGUUGUAAAUAUCCAGGGAGUCAGGUUAUGUUCCCGCAUUGCUGGAGAGUUUUGCCGGGUUAUUGAUCUUCUCCCGCUAAUAAAUUGUUUUAUAUGCUGAA